AUGCUGUGGAACCACUUUCCCCUCGACUUGGACCUCGACCUCGGCACUGAUCUAAACUUCGAUCUCGACUUCGGACAACAAGAACUCGACGGAUUCCAUCACGAUAACACUUUCUUUGGCUUUGACUUCCCGCUUUUCGACCGCGUAAACAACGACACGGUUGACCAGCUUCUCGAGAAGUCAAUUUUUGACGACCCGGCCCUCAGUAGCAUCAUCACCCCGACUCCGACCACCCCCGACAUCUCCCUCGAUUCGUACCUCAACCUCCCCCCCACCACCGCCACCGCAGCAGACGACUUCCUCGAAGCAACGCUGUCCUCCACCAUAACAAUCCCCCCCCACACCACCACGCGGCAGCAAAAGACUCCUUCCCCGGACGCCUCCCAGGGCUCCGAGGAGUCUACUCCUACCGCGACCACACCCUCCCGCAAUGUCCUAACACCACCGCCCGCCUUCGCGGACCAGCUGACCCCACCGCGCUCCACCGCCACUUCGACCUCCACCUUCCGACUACCCACGCCGCCCUCCACGCUCCCUACGCUCCCCCUCUUCCCGCCGCUCGGGCACUCCCUGCCCACCUCCACGCUCUCCCCCGAGUCCUCCACCUCUUCGCGCAAGCGCAGAGCCAGCUUCACCCCGCUCUCGCCGCGCCCAAAGGAGCUGGUCGAAACAGACAUCCACAGCUCCGACGACGACAAGGACAAGCGCCGCAAGCGGAAUACUGCCGCCGCGAGACGGUACAGGCAGAAGAAGCAGGACCGCAUGAAGGAGCUGGAGGACGAGCUCAAUGAGGUCCGUAAACGGGAGGAGAUCUGGAAGGCCGAGGCUCUCAAGCAGCGCAUGGAGGCUGAGAAGUGGUUCGAAAUGUGGACGCUUUGUAAGGGGAAGUAA